UCAGGCAAAGCUGAACGCAGGCCUGAUCAGAGAGUGAUGAUGAAAAUGAAGAUAAUGAUGAUGAUAUUUAUUCUUCUUUCUACCCCCAUGAGUCGACUCUUUUAUCUUCGCCUUUCUUUUUCACUCUUUCAUCGAUCUUAAAAUUCCCUCUUCAAAUGUUUUCCAUCUUCCCAACAACGGUUGACAUAGACACAUAGAUACACACACUCAACCUUUUUUUUGUAAAGCCAAAUACAACUUGACCAUUGUCAAUCUUCAAUCUUAAAGUUAACUCUAUUUAUCUUUUUACAAUGAAUUUAUUUCCUAGUCAGUGGAUACAUUAAUUUACUUGAUUAACAGUUAAACAACAGUUAAUUGUCUGUGUCAGUGUGGUUACAAUGAUAAACGGCCAGUCACCAACUUAGGACACCAGCAAUGCCAUUGAUCAGUCAAAGUCAACCUGCAAUCAAACCAUGGCUAUGCAUUUAGACGAUUCACUGUCUCUUAAUUGUUGCUGUUUUUUCCUGGUUUCAUCUCUUAACCAUUUCUUAAUCAUUCCUUGAUUAUUCCUUAAUCGAUUCUUGACCUUUUCCCAACAAUUCCGUCUGAAAUGUCACUUGAAACCAACCCAAUCCAUCGUAACCUCACCGUUAACCAAGUAAAAGUUUUACUCAACCCAGAUGUUUGCCAGUGAAAAAAAGAUGUUACCAACUUUUAUAAUUUAACAUUUACAAUUUACCCACUUUAACCAAUUAAUUGAUUAAAAUCCUAAUCUUAAUCUUCGUAUUCCUUCCAAAUUGGCCUUUUUGUAACUCCAAUCCAUCCCAUUGUAUACCUUAAAUUAAAACACAUUGAAGUAACCAAGUGAAACCAGAAACAACAGUAAAUCAAAAGUAAAAAUGACCCAAGAUACUGAAGAAGAAGUUGGUAAACUCUUUGUUGGUGGAUUGAGCUGGGAAACAACUAAAGAGAAACUCAAUGAUUAUUUCAUUCAAUUUGGUGAAAUUGCUGAUUGUGUUGUAAUGAAAAAUCCUGAAACUGGUCGAUCAAGAGGAUUCGGCUUUGUUACCUUCAAAGAUCCCAAUUGCGUCCAAACAGUUUUAAAUGCUGGUCCUCACCAUUUGGACGAAAGAACGAUCGAUCCUAAAUCAUGUAACCCAAAAAGUGCUCAGAAAGGGAAACGAGAUGCAAAAAUGUUAAACUAUCCAAAAAUAUUUCUCGGUGGUUUGCCUUCUGAUGUCAAUGAAACCGUCCUAAGGCAAUUUUUCAGUAAAUAUGGAAAGGUUGUCGAGGUUGUUAUCAUGUAUGAUCAGGAACGAAAGAAAACUCGUGGAAAUGGAUUCAGAGGCUUUGGUUUCUUGUCUUUUGAAGAUGAAAAAGCAGUUAACAAAGUAGUCGAUGAACAUUUUGUGGUCAUCAGCGGUAAAAAGGUUGAAGUUAAACGUGCUGAACCGCGAGAAAAAUCACUCAAUGGAAUUAAAUUAGGUACAGAUGGAAAUAAUAUAAAUACUCAAUUGGAAAAUCUAGGGAAUGGCCUCUCUGUCUUACCUGCUGCCUGGUGGCCGCAUCAUCCACACCAGCCUGGCCUACCUGGAUCAUUACCACCACCUCCACAACACCACAGUGGUUUAGCAGCAGCGGCCGCAGCAGCAGCCGCAGCCGCAGCUGCUGCAGUGGUUAAUAAUUCGGGUUCAGUUAAUCUGAGUAAUGCUCCACAAGUUAGUCCAUCAGUUGGUUUACCAGGAGCUGGCUUGAUUCAAACUGUGGCACCAUCACCUUAUUCAAUGUGGGCUCCAUUGCCAGGUUGGAUACAGACACCAACUGGUCAUCGAUUGACAAAUGGGCCGACAGCGUCUUUGGGAUCUCCCACUGCCGCUCCAAUUCCAAAUUUUGGAUCACCAAAUAUACCAAGUGCUAGUGCAGCACCAGGACCUGUACCAACUUCUCAUUCUUCUGCCUGGAAUGGACAUACAACCACAUUUUAUCCAACCCCAUCACCAUAUCCACCACCUCCUCUUUCUCCGUGGCACCCAUCAGGUUAUUCAUACCAAGGACCCGGUUUAAAUGCGGUACCACAUGGUCUUUGGCCUAAUCAACCUUAUCCACUUUAUGCAGGCUCAAGUUAUCCUGUUGGCUACUCUAGUUAUUUACCUGGUGCUCCAAUCAGUCCUGAUCUGAGUCCCUCCAAUAUUACUGCAUCAAUUAACUUGCCGGCAGUAACAAUUGGCUCUAGUCAACAAACGGGCUCGUGUUUAAAUGCUCAACCAUCAAAUCACUCAUCUACUCAAAAUAAUACUAAUUUACAGACAACAUCGCAAAUCUCUGCAACGCCUAACUCAACGUCUGAAAAUUGUUUAAUUUCAUCGAAUAACCAUGGAACAGUCGUCGGUCGUCCUUGUCAAGGGAAUGGGUACAUUGGUGAAUCCACGAAUUGCCAGGUCUAUGGUCAGUGUACAAAUGAAACUAUCAGUCGACUGUUACGAUGCCCUAUUGGUUUAUACUUUGAUUCAGACAAACAAUUGUGUACAGUUAAUCUUCCACCAAAUUGUCCGAUUGACCAGUUAGAGGAUAAUGAAAUUGAAUUGAAAACCAUAUUGACUGUUAAUGGAACCAACGAGUUACUUUCUAAUUCCUCAUCACCUUUAGCCAAUGGUUAUAAAGUCAUCUGUUAUUUUACCAAUUGGGCCUGGACAUCAUCUAGUUAUGGAUCACUCUAUCCAGAGGACAUUCCACCUCAUCUUUGUACUCAUAUUAAUUACGCGUUUGCCGUAUUGGACAAUCAAACACACACUUUAAUCUCAUCUAAUGGAACAAUUGACUACAAUAUGAAUUUUUACCGAAGAGUCACUGAUUUAAAGCAAAUUAAUCCAGCAGUGAAGGUUCUUCUGUCUUUAGGAGGUUGGGGUGAUUCAGCUGAUGGACUAAAAUACUCUCAGAUGGUUAAUAACUCAACAUUGCGUGCUAAUUUCAUUAAAUCAGUCAUUCCAUUUUUACAGUCCCAUGGAUUUGAUGGCAUUGAUUUUGAUUGGGAAUAUCCAACUUGCUGGCAAAAUGUUUGUAAUUACACUCAAGGUUUACAUGAUAAACAAGGAUUUGCUUCAUUGGUUAGUGAACUUCGAUCUGCAACCAAUGGUUCUGACUUUUUAAUAACAGCUGCUGUUGGUGGAUGGGUUAAUCUGGUUAACACAUCUUAUGAUGUCUCAAGCUUAGCCCAAUCAUUGGAUUUUGUCAAUUUAAUGACUUAUGAUUUGUAUUAUGACUAUUACCAUGUUUCAGUUCAUCAUUCUCAAUUGUUUUCAAUAACUAAUUCAACAACUGAAGAGGAAAAUAGCCGCAAUUGCAAUGCCGUUGUAAACAAAUGGAUAAACGAAGGUUUCCCUGCGAAUAAAUUGAUCCUUGGUGUUCCCUUUUAUGGUCGCUCAUUUACUCUAGCUGAUAAUAUCACCAUCAACUCAACUAAUUACGGUUUGAAUCACAAAUCAAUUGGUCCUGGCUUACCCGGUCCUGUGACCAAAGAACCUGGUUAUAUAUCAUUCACCGAGAUUUGUAGGCUUGUACGUGACUCAGGUUGGACUGUUGGAAGAUUUAACGGGACAGAAGCUCCAGUUGCAUUUAAAGGCAAUCAAUGGGUCGGUUUCGAUGAUUUAUUAAGUCUCAAACGAAAGGCUGAUUAUAUCAAGCAAAAUGGAUUAGGUGGAGCCAUGUUAUGGGAACUAUCUUUGGACGAUUUUCAAUCAACUUGUUGUUCACAUACUUGGCCAUUACUUAAAACACUCAAUGCUGAAUUGAAUGGAUACCCAAUAGAUUACAAUAUCAAUUGCUAUUUAUAAAUUGGAUCGGUUUGUUGGUUAUUAACAGUAACUAAGCAAAUGGUUUUGGUAUAUCAAUCAAAGUCUCAGCUGAUUUGUUAACAUCUCAUUCGUGUUCUUAUAUUAUUAAAAGUAAAAUUACUUUAUAGACUUGAUUUUAAAGAAAUUCAAUUCAAUCAAAAAAAUCGGAUUAACAGCAACGCAAUGGCAAGGAUUAUUACAGAUGAAAUUAACCACUCCACUGUGUUAGCUUCCUCAUCCAGUUGAUUAACUUUAUUGGUUUGUGAUGAUGUUUCAAUGAUUCUCGGUGGCGUAUCUCUCUUGACAUUCAAAGUGGUGACUCUUUGGUAAUGAGGUUGGCUGGCUUGCUCAGGAUGUAAAAUAAUGGUCGUUUUGUAGGUGAUUGGGCUUGAUGGUCGCUCGAUAGGCCUUAAGAAAGGAUGAAAGAUGUUACAAUUUUUGACAAAAUCGCACCAAUUAAACUGUAAAUACUAA